UGGGCUGCGGGUUUCCCGGAGCAGCGUCGGGGUGCUCUCUGAGCAGGCUCCCGGGGCCAGGCUCUUCUUUAGUCACCUCCGCGAGGCUUCUUCUGGCAGCUCGGCCACGUCGGUCUGCCCGGCGCCUGCAGUGCCCCGGAGCCCUAACCCCGACUCGUAUCUCCCAGCUCCCUCGUCUGGGGCUUCACUGCUUCUGAGACAUGGUUACCGCCAUGCCUUAGUGGGAGAAGGACUCCGGGAAGCCUGCGAGGCUGCGAGGGAGAGGUUUUACCAGCCGGGACGGUCUCCUUUUCUCCGAAUUCGACCGGUGUUUCAGGGGCCCGGGCCCUGCUGCUUAGGGCAAGUCUUCCCUGUUUCGCUUCUGCACUGGGAUUUCUUUCUGUCCUGGCUUCCCCCAUCGCCGCUUUGUUUUGGCGCUUGUCUUCAUACGUCAGAGUCAUCUCUUCGGCCAGAUUGUGAGUCCUUAGGAUGUUCAGGACGUAGGUCUCUCCUUUUCUUGAAUAUCGUUCAGGGUUAUCUGUCGGUGCCUUGCGUUAAAAUAUAUACCCAGUACACAGUUCAUCUGGGAAUUUUUUGAAAUUGUUGCAUACCUCCAGAAAAGUUUACCAGUGUUUUCAAAAAGUGUUGGAGAACUCUGUGUGGUGAAGGCCAUGCCGCCCCCGGCGAAAGUUCCCCGAAAGGAGAACCUGGGGCUCCAGUGCGAGUGGGGGUCCUGCUCCUUUGUGUGCUCAGCCAUGGAGGAGUUCUGCGAGCAUGUCACUCAGCACCUGCAGCAGCACCUGCACGGCUCCGGGGAGGAGGAAGAGGAGGAGGAGGACCCACUUGAGGAGGAAUUUUCCUGCUUGUGGCAGGAGUGUGGCUUUUGUUCUAUGGACAGUUCGGCUGACCUCAUCCGCCACGUUUACUUCCACUGCUACCACACCAAGCUGAAGCAGUGGGGGCUGCAGGCCCUGCAGAGCCAGGCCAACCUCAGCCCCUGCAUCCUGGACUUCCAGAGCCGCAACAUCAUCCCCGACAUCCCUGACCACUUCCUGUGUCUGUGGGAGCACUGUGAGAGUUCCUUCGACAAUCCUGAGUGGUUCUAUCGGCACGUGGAAGCGCACAGCCUGUGCUGUGAGUACCAGGCGAUCGGCAAGGACAACCAUGUGGUGCUGUGUGGCUGGAAAGGCUGUAGCUGCACCUUCAAGGACUGCCGGAAGCUUCGAGAGCACCUCCGUAGCCAUACCCAGGAAAAGGUGGUGGCCUGCCCCACCUGUGGGGGCAUGUUUGCCAACAACACUAAGUUCUUAGAUCACAUCCGUCGCCAGACCUCUUUGGAUCAGCAGCGCUUCCAGUGCUCUCACUGCUCCAAGAGAUUUGCCACAGAGCGGCUCUUGAGGGACCAUAUGCGUAACCACGUGAAUCACUAUAAGUGCCCUCUGUGUGAUAUGACCUGUCCGCUGCCAUCCUCCCUCCGAAACCACAUGCGCUUUCGCCACAGCGAGGACCGGCCCUUCAAGUGUGACUGUUGUGACUACAGCUGCAAGAAUCUGAUUGACCUGCGGAAGCACCUGGAUACCCACAGCAAAGAGCCAGCCUACAGGUGUGAUUUUGAGAACUGCAGCUUCAGUGCGCGAUCCCUCUGCUCUAUCAAGUCCCAUUACCGAAAAGUACAUGAAGGAGACUCAGAGCCAAGGUACAAGUGUCAUGUGUGUGACAAAUGCUUCACGAGGGGCAACAACCUCACUGUGCAUCUUCGUGAGAAGCACCAGUUCAAGUGGCCCUCAGGGCACCCCCGUUUUCGGUACAAGGAGCAUGAAGACGGCUACAUGCGGCUGCAGCUGGUUCGCUACGAGAGUGUGGAGCUGACACAGCAGCUGCUUCGGCAGCCGCAAGAGGGAUCGGGCCUGGGAGCGUCGCUGAAUGAGACCAGCCUGCAGGGCAUCAUUCUCAAAGCAGUGCCGGGGGAGCCAGGACCCCAGGAGGAGGCUGAAGAGGAGGGGGAGGGCGGGAGCAGCCAGGGGACAGGCCUCCCAGCCUCUCAGGACACUCCCAGCCCCGUCAUCCAUGUGGUGAAUCAGACCAACGCCCAAGGCGAGCAAGAGAUUGUCUACUAUGUGCUGUCGGAAGCCCCGGGAGAGCCCCCCCCAGCCCCUGAGCCCCCCUCAGGGGACGUCAUGGAAAAGCUUCAGGGAAUAGCUGAGGAGCCAGAAGGGAUGGUGUGA